CCGCUGAUCCUUCUAUACUGCUGGCGAUUAUAAUGAGCGCCCCCUGCGGCCGCCUCAUAGACUACAGCUGAAUAUGCUCUUAUAGCGCCCCCAGCGGCUGCAUUGAUUUAUACACUCACUGGUCACCUGUUCAGACAUGCAUUGAUCCGGAUCGGACAUUAUACAGUAGACAGUAUUCUUGUUUGUAUUGGACUGUUCCAUUCCAUGGAGAGGGGUGGCCGGUUGCUCUGAUCACCUCUGGGAUCAGGACUCUUAAGGACGAUGGAGUCUUCAGUAUUAUCCGUCUGGAUCUGCCCGGGGUUCUUCAUCUUUCUAAUAUGGGCGCAGCCGACCGCCGCAGACAGCCGACCGACGGACACUAAACCAGCGCAUAUUGGCAAGUUGUACGCUGGUCAAAUAAACAGGGACAUCGAGGAGGUCUACUCCUUCAACUACACCAGCAAGCCUGGCAAGGUGGACGCUCUUCGUGUUUUUGUUCGCUCCGAUUCAGACGACCUGGAGUUCCCCGUCCUGUUUGUGGUGCGGCAGCAGAAAGGCGUCCUGUCAUGGCAGGUGCCCCUCGCCUUCAGGGGCUACUACCAAAGAACGUACACCUACCAGGACGUGAGCCGCACCCUGUGCCCCACCGACCCCGCGGGCCUGGCCCCCGCCUCCGAGCAGUUCAUGUACAUAGACAUCGCCUCCAUGGCGCCCAAUAAUGUCAAUUACGAGCUCAUAGUCAGACGACUGACCGACUUCGAACUUCUGACAGACAUUCCCCUCAAUUUCAGCGCCUCGCCGUCGCAGCCCCAGUAUUUCCUGUAUUCGUUCCCAGAAGGGAUGGACUCCGUGGUCAUCAAGGUGAAGUCGGCCGAGACGUAUCCCUGCACCGUGGUGUCCGUGCAGGAUAUUACAUGUCCAGUCUAUGAUCUGGAUCACAAUGUGGAAUUCAAUGGCGUUUAUCAAUCAAUGACCAAGAAAGCCGCCAUUACCAUACAGAGGAAGGAUUUCCCUACAGGACAGUUUUACGUCGUAUUUGUCAUCAAACCCGAAGACUACGCUUGUGGCGGCUCCGUCCCCAUCUCCACUAUAGACAGCCACACCUGGAAUCUGAAGCGGGUGAAGCACAUGGAGGUGACCAUCACACCGUCAAUUAACAAUUCCGUCUACAUCCACGCCACCCUCCUGUGCUUCCUCUUCUUCCUCAUCUUCUACCUGGGGGCCUUUCUGGUGUUUUUUAUUCAUCACUUAAGGAAUCAGAAGAAAGGUCUGAACAUUAAUGGGAGCCCGGAUGAAGGAGAGGGAACGGUGGCGGCGUCACAUCCCAUAACCACCAGCACCCCAGAGGGGAGCAGCUACGGGGCGAUAGAUGAAUCGCGGCAGAGAAAAGGAAAACCCCUCCCCCCCAUUCCUCGCCCUCGCGUUUACUCCGACAGCUCCGUGGAUGAAGAGAGCGACUUUGACGGAAUCCCGGAGAUGGAGGGCGACAAAAACGUCAUCCAGGCCAAGACUUUCCUAUAUGUGUCCGAUCUGUCCAUCAAGGACCGGAGAACCAUCAGCAAGAAGUACAAGAUCUACUUCUGGAACAUCAUCACCAUUGCUGUGUUCUAUGCUCUGCCCGUGGUCCAGCUCGUCAUCACCUACCAGACGGUGGUCAACGUGACUGGAAACCAAGACAUCUGUUACUAUAACUUCUUGUGCGCCCAUCCUCUUGGGGUCCUCAGCACGUUCAAUAACAUCCUGAGUAACCUGGGCCACGUCCUCCUGGGAUUCCUCUUCCUGGUCAUCGUCCUGCAUCGGGAUCUCCAGCACCGCGCCCUACUGGAGGCCAACGACGUCUAUGCCCUGGAAUAUGGGAUUCCCAAGCAUUUCGGCCUCUUCUACACGAUGGCCAUCGCUCUGACCAUGGAGGGCGUCCUCAGCGCUUGUUACCACGUCUGCCCCAACUACUCCAACUUCCAGUUUGACACGUCCUUCAUGUACAUGAUCGCCGGCCUCUGUAUGCUGAAGCUGUACCAGACGCGGCACCCCGACAUCAACGCCAGCGCCUACGCCGCAUACGCCUCCUUCGCUUUGGUCAUUUUUCUGGCGGUCCUGGGGGUGGUUUUCGGGAAGGAUAACUGGUGGUUCUGGGUGACCUUCUCCAUCAUCCAUGUGGUGGGGUCCCUGGCGCUCAGCACCCACAUCUAUUACAUGGGACGCUUCAGGAUCGAUGUCUCCAAUGCAGAUUUCGGAAUCUUCCGUCGCAUCUUCCAGAUCCUGUACACAGAUUGCAUGCAGCAAUGCAGCCGGCCCAUGUACAUGGACAGGAUGAUCCUGCUGAUCGUGGGCAACAUAGUCAACUGGUUCUUCGCCAUUUUUGGACUGGUUUAUCGCCCCCGGGACUUCGCCUCCUACCUGUUGGGGAUAUUCAUCUGUAACCUGCUGCUGUACCUGGCGUUUUAUAUCAUUAUGAAGCUCCGCAGCUCGGAGAAGAUCCGUCCGCUCGCCGUCUUCUGUAUCCUGGCCACUGCUGUACUCUGGGCCGCCGCUUUAUACUUCUUCUUCCAGACUCUGAGCAGCUGGGAGGAGAGCCCGGCCCAGUCCCGGGAGAAGAACCGCGAGUGUAUCCUCAUGCACUUCUUUGAUGACCAUGACAUCUGGCACUUUCUUUCUGCGACUGCCAUGUUCUUCUCGUUCCUGGUUCUCCUCACCCUGGACGAUGACCUGGACGACGUUCGCAGAGACAAGAUCCCAGUCUUCUAAGGAGACUCCACUGCCUGCAGACGUCUCCAUUGUUCUUUCACGAGCCUGGAUCCCAGGCCAGAGCCGAGGAUCGGUUUGUCUUCCAAAUAUCCAAAAGUGGAAGAAGAGAAGGAGAAGAACACGGCUAGAAACCGUGGGAGAAGGAGCGCCCGCCAUCCUUUCCUCAGCCCACCAGCUUUCUCCAGAACAAAACCGCUGCCUGUGUGCCACUGCCCGGUCUGGAGGGGGUCAUCGUCCUGCAAGACCAAGUCUUCAUAUCUAAGGAACGUUUGCCCCACAACUGGAUCCUGCCCAGGUGCCCAUGUUGGUGCCACCUGCUGGUUUGGGUAUCUACAUAAUUGUUGCCAAUUUUGUAAAAUAUUUUUAACCUUUUAUGGACUGCCUGGUGCUUGCCGCGCCCCGUCAUGUUGACUUUCUUAGUGCUGCUCGUGAUGUACAACUUGUGGAUCUUCAAUUUAAUUUAUUAUAACGUGAUUGGUUCGUUUUUUGUUGUCAUUAUAACCUCAAGACAUCAGUGAUCACCUGACUAGAUGAGACAAUAUGUCCCCCCGCGGUCGCACUGCCGAUACAGAACAAGGUGCUCACCGGUCCCUCCAUAGUACUGCCCCCUGACUCCAGUGUUGGAUCAGUAUUAUCGUGUAUGUGUCUAUAAAUAACAUCACAUGUUAACAUUCCCUCAUACAAAAGUAUCUCCCCCCCCCCCCCCCCCAAAAGUCGCCAGGGUCCAGAUCCGUCACCUCUACAGAGAUAUUUUGUAUAACAAAGCCUC